AUGAAUACAUCAUCGAAAUCCGAUAAUUUUCUUGCACAAUUUAAAGAUAUUAAUUCAAAUUCAUUAAAAUAUUUUACUGCUGCACAAUUUGUUGAAGUAUGGAAUCAUUAUGAUACUGAUGGCAAUGGUUAUAUUGAAGGUUCAGAAUUAGACAAUUUUCUACGUGAAUUCAUCUAUAGUGUAUUUUCUGAAGAAUUAGGAAAUGAGACUCCCAAACGUAAUAAUUUAUCAUUACUCAGUGAACUCACUAAUGAAUGA